AUGAAAGAAAGGAUUAUUAAUUUUCAUUUAAUACUACUAAUUAGUUAUAUAACAAUCAAUUUACUAACAUUAGGUAAUACGCAAAUUUUCAUGCAUCGUUCAUUGACUGAUGCUAUUGAUAAAGCGCAGAGAGAAGCAAUGAAUGUAACUCGCAGAGAAGGAAGUUCGUCCAGUAGUAGGAGCGACGAUAUGAAGUUGUCUCAAAGCGAUGGCAAAUAUUAUAAAAGGAGACAAUCAAACAAAGCAGGUGGUAAACGCUAUGAAGGUCUUUUCUAUUCUCGCGGUUAUUCAAUAUCCGGUGAUAUUGAUUCAGAAACAACUUCAUUUCAGUAUGGUGGUAAAAUCACAAAAUAUGGUAAACGUAGUCGAAAGUAUUCCGACAGAGAUACAAUUGGAAGUUCGGAUCGAUAUGCUAGUUCAUAUAUUAAAGAUGACUUUAAGAUUCGAGCUAAAUCAAAGAAGAAAUAUGCAAAAGACUAUAAUGGAAUGUCUGAAAUGACAGGGAGGGAUAUGCUAUUCUCUGGUAUUCAGAAUACUAAUGGAAAUAAAAGAGAAAGAAAAACUGAUGCUGAAAGAAAAUCGAGCGAAUCGCGAAACAAAACUGAAGAAAUUAUACAUGUUAAUAAAACUUAGUGGAUACAAAUGUAGUAAAACACCAGAUGUGAUAAAUAUGUGGAGGAAGAAAAACUAAUACAGAAACAACACCGAAAGAAUCGCGAAACAAAACUGAAAGAAAAUCUUCUCAAGACAAAACCUGGGAAUUCGAUGUGCAGUUAUAAGUGCAGUAAAACACCAGAUGUGAUAAAUAUGUUUUAUUCCACAUAGAAUCAAAUUUAUUUAUGUAUAAAAUAAUGUCAAACACUAUUGUGAAACGUGUUAAACAACAUAUAUACAUAUAUCAGAAUAUAUUUCAACUAAUAUCAUACGUAGUUCUUCCAAAACGUAAAAAGAAUGUUACGUUUGUUGCACUAGUGUCUUACCAUAAAUAGCCGUUCGUAUCUAGCUAGAAGAUACUUUGUAUACUGGGGGAGCGUGCAGAGUAGAGUGAGUGGGAGAAGCUGAUAAAGAGUCGAACAAAAGAAAAUGUGAGACAACGAUCUAGCUAGUGCACGAAAUCCACUUACAAUUAGUAAGAAAAUCAAUCGACG